AUGGAAGAAACUUCUAAUCCCGAAACAAGAAUGGAAGAAGAAACUUACAUUCCCGAAAUCCUAAAUGGAGAAGAAGAGCAAAAUACUGUACAAAACAUAAGAUUAGAAGACAUAAUAACUGUGGACCAAGAAUAUAAUGAAUUAAGUCAGACAUUUCAAAAUAAUAUUA